CAUCAAUACAGAUACAUACAUAGGAUGGAUGGUAACAACAACAACUUGGUGGUGCUGAUCUUUGGAUCAACUGGUUGGAUGGGCGGCAAGCUGACAAAGCUGAUGGAGGCACAGUCGAUAAAGGUGAUCGCGGCUAAGUCAAGACUAGAGAAUAGACAGGACGUGGAGAGUGAGAUACAGACAGUCAAACCUAAUAGGAUAUUCAAUUGCGCAGGACUAACAGGUAGACCCAACAUUGAUUGGUGUGAAGAACACAAGCCAGAGACGAUCAGAGCCAAUGUCAUUGGACAUCUCAACCUGAUGGACCUGUCACAUCAGUACAACGUGCAUCUGACUACCUUUGCCACUGGCUGUCUGUAUCAGUACGACGAAACACAUCCAGAGGGCAGCUGCUCCCCAGGCUUCAGCGAGACAGACGCCUUCAACUAUACAGGCUCAUUCUACUCACGUACCAAAGGCAUUGUCGAGGAGUUGUCCAAGAGCUACAACAACAUACUUACGCUUAGAGUCCGCCUGCCCAUCUCAGACGACGUCAGCGAGGACAGGAAUCUCGUAAAGAAGCUCAUCGGAUACCAGCGAGUGAUCAACGUCAAGAACUCUGUCAGUGUGCUGCAUGACUUGCUGCCGGUGGCACUGGACAUGUCGCGCAGGGCAUUGCUCGGCGUGUACAACUUUGUCAAUCCAGGAGUGAUCUCACAUAAUGAGCUGCUGGACUUGUAUCGAGAACAUGUCGAUCCCAACUUCACCUAUCACAACUUCAGUCUAGUGGAGCAGGCCAAGGUACUCAAAGCUGGACGAUGCAACUGCGAGCUAGACACCAGCAAGUUGCUUUCCCUCUAUCCAGACAUUCCACCAAUAUCCAAAUCAAUAGUCAAUGUCUUCCAAAGAAUGAGGCAGAUACAACAACAACGCCAACAA